AUACUAACAGUACUUCACAGCGUGAACACAGUGUGAAGACCGCAUAAUCUGUGAAGAAGAGAAGACGCGCACCGCAUACCAGGGCAAUAUUAUUUUGAACCUGCUUACCUGACUGUUUAGUCAGACAAGGGCUGCCAGGUGAUUCAACAAACACUUUUACCCAUCGGAGAACUCAACACAUAGAUUACAAAGAUGCCUGUGGAAACACCAUCAGUCAGAAACACGUCUACAGUUGGUCGCUUCCCAUCAGUCACACUGGGAUUGGGGAAAGAUGAGGAGCCAGAGAAGAACACGGAAGAAGGGGGGUGUCGACAAUGGUUACGUAAGAUCUGUCCUUGUUGCUGUCAGAGACCGAGCAAAGAUGAUGACAUCGCAGAUAAGGUUGUCACAGGGAACGAUGAUGCAGACAAGCUUGUGGGGAAUGGUGACAAGCCAGUCACUAAUGGAAGUAACCUUGAAGAGCUGUUGUUGAUGGUGCGGUCCAUAGACCUGAUGAAAAAAAAGAAAGGUCAGAACCGCAUGGAGCAUCACACAGACCGUUACUACGGUGAUGGCCUCAUCAUCCGCAGGGGUCAGAUCUUCAUGAUGUGGCUUGACCUCUCGCGACCUUACAAUUCCAACACGGACAAACUCCACCUGGAGCUUAGGACAGGACCUUUGCCUACAGUGGCAAAGGGCACCCAUGUCAUCAUUCCAUUGGUUGAGGAGCUGGAGGAUGACCGUUGGGAGGCCAAGAUUGUGCAACGGGACGGCAACAGGCUCAAGCUGUCCAUCAACUCCCCACCCACAGCCGUGAUUGGCCGAUACCAGCUCACCGUGGCAACGCAAAGCCCAAAGGGGGAGGCCACAUCUACACAUGACCCUGGGAAUGACAUCUGCAUGCUGUUUAACCCCUGGUGUAAAGAUGACACAGUGUACAUGGACAAUGGCGAUGAGAAGAACGAGUAUAUCCUGAAUGAUGUUGGAAGGCUCUACUAUGGCACAGAGAACCAGAUUGGUUCAAGAACGUGGAACUAUGGACAGUUUGACAAGGGGAUCCUGGAUGCCUGUCUUUAUGCUUUGGAGAAGAGUGCGACCCCCCCCUCAGGCUGGGGAGACUCUGUCAACGUGGUGAGAGUCAUUUCAGCCAUGAUCAACUCCCCAGAUGACGGUGGGAUCCUGGAGGGGAACUGGUCAGGGAACUAUGUGGGCGGGACUUCCCCUACAUCCUGGAGUGGCAGUGUUGACAUCCUGAAUAUGUACCAUAAGGACGGAGGCGCACCGGUCAGAUAUGGCCAGUGCUGGGUCUUCUCUGGGGUCACCACCACAGUGUUGAGGUGUUUGGGCAUUCCCUCCCGUAGUGUGUCCAACUUCAACUCCGCCCACGAUACAGAUGUCUCCUUGACAACAGACGUGUACUUCGAUGAGAAGUUGGAGUCUAUAGAUCACCUCAACUCUGACUCCAUCUGGAACUUCCAUGUGUGGAACGACUGUUGGAUGGCUCGUCCAGACUUGCCACCUGGUUAUGGCGGCUGGCAGGUAGUAGACUCCACCCCCCAGGAGACCAGUCAGGGCACAUACCGCUGUGGCCCCGCCUCCGUCAAUGCCAUCCGUAACGGACAAGUGUUCCUGAAGCAUGACUCACCAUUCGUCUUUGCCGAGGUGAACAGUGAUAAGAUCUACUGGCAGAGGAACCUGGAUGGCACCUUCACCCAGAUCCACAGUGAGAAAAACGCAGUGGGCCACUGUAUCAGCACCAAGGCUGUGGGCUCCGAUGAACGCAAUGACAUCACAGACCUUUACAAGCACCCAGAAGGCACAGAGGAGGAACGCAUUGCUGUGGAGACUGCAAGUCGCUAUGGCUCCAAACCAGAUAUCUACUCCUCUCCCAUCGCUCAGGAUGUAUCCAUAGAGGUGACCAUGGAUGGGGAGGGGCCACGCAUGGGGGGAGAUGCAGAACUGACCAUUGUCAUGCGCAACACUAGUUCUCUACCACGCACUAUCAACCUCCACAGCCAGGUGGCAGUCAUGUACUACACUGGUGUGGUCAAGGCUACUGUCAAGAAGGACCAAAUUCCUGUGGAGCUGCUACCCAAUGAAGUGAAGAACCUGGAGUGGAUCCUUCAGUACCAGAACUACCAGGACCAGCUUGUGGACCAGGCUGCUCUGAUGCUGACCCUGUCGGGCAGGGUCAGUGAGACACAGCAGGUUCUGGCAACUCAGUUCAGCUUCCGCCUCCGCACCCCUGACCUCAUCAUUAAGCCAGUAGGGGAGGCUGUGGUGGGGGAAAAGAUGGCGGCUGAGAUCUCCUUCACCAACCCUCUGCCAUGCACGCUGAAGGGAGUGAUGUUCCGUGUAGAGGGGCUGGGCCUGCAGAGUGUUCGACAGAUCACUGUUGGUGACGUGGCCAGUCGCGCCACUGUGGUUCAGACGGAGGUCUUUGUCCCCACCCUGCCUGGACCCAGGAAACUGUUGGCUUCACUGGACUGUAAACAGCUCACACAGGUUCAUGGUGUUGCUGACAUCAACGUGAAGGAGAAAUAAGUCUUCAGACAUCAUAGACCUCUCGGUCUGCUUGACUAUUGAGGCAUAAUCACUAUGGAGGUCAGAAGAAAUCAUCUCCCUUCCUCUUCCCCCUACCAGAGCGCUGGUGUUGCUGUUGAGUCAAUUAUGAUGUUCGAAAGUACAGCUUGUGAGACAGGAAAACCAUACACCAUGCAAGACAAGCAUUUUCAAUAGUCAUGUUGUCACAAAUGUUUCCAUUCCUUCCUCUCAAAAUCAGAUUGGACCUGUAUAAUGUGCCUUGAAAAGUGGCUAAACGAAUGGUUGCAGCCUUUACAAGACUAAUAUUAGGACUUGAAGCAUACCUACUGAACAGAGCACCCGUUAGUUAUAUGACACAUGGGAACAAUAAUGUUUGCUCAGCAUACUGUACAGUGCAGCAAUAAUACCUUAUACAGAAUGUGUUGCAUGUUAUGUUGACAGAACAUUAUACACUAUCUAUGACACCAUCAGAUUUAUCUCAGCUAUUAUUUAUCACUUAUUAGAAGGGCUUUGUGUUAACUAACACUGUACAAUUAUCAAAUAAUUUGGUGCUAUUAUUAACUUAUAAACAUUGUUAUGGAUUUUAAGASAUCAGUUCUUUGAAACACAUAUUCAUGCUUAUGCAGCAGGUAGCCUAGUGGUUAGCGCUUUGGACUAGUAACCGAAAGGUUGCAAGAUUGAAUCCCCGAGCUGACAAG